AUGGGUUUCGCUUCCAAAAUCGCAGCUAGUCAGCAGAACCAGCAAAAUCAGCAGAAUCAGCAAAACCCGCCAAGUCAAAACCAGAACAUGAGUGGCUCCUACGGCGGCGCACCCCCAACGGGAUACACAGGUGGUCCUCCUCCCUCUGCAUUGCAGGCUGGUGGAUAUCAACAGCAGCAGUACCAGGCUUAUCCUGGAUCCCCUCCUCCUUCUCAGGGUUCGGGAUAUCAGCAAUAUCCUCCGUAUGGUGGCUCACCUGCUCAGCAAUACCAGCCUUACAGUCCUCCGCCUGCCGGUUCCUACAACAGAGCUCCUCCGCAACAGCCCACUGGCUACCCCGCACCGCAAGGUCAGCAGGGCCAGGGCCAAAGUCAAGGUUAUGCACGUCCAGCACCGCCGCCACCGCAGGGCCAGCCUUAUGGAUCGUCGGGAUCGCCCUACCCCGGACAACAGGCUCCUUAUCCUGGAACCUCCUCGUCGCCAUACCCUCCCGGUCCACCUUCGCAUUCACCUUACCCUGGACAACAAUCGCAAUCGCCGCACCCUGGAGCCCACUCCCCAUACCCUGGACAGCAACCACCCUAUAGCCAGGCACCUCCUUCCUACCCGCCCCAGGGCGCUCCUCCAUCUGGAUAUCCCCCUCAGGGUGGCCGCCCCGGCCCUUCACCAGGACCUCCUGGUGGCCAGUAUGGUGCUCCCGGCGGUGCCCCUCCGUCCCAGGCCCCUGCAGCUACUCCACAACAAGUUGCAGCAUAUCGCCAGCUGUUGAUUAGCACCAUUCAAGAGAAGAACCUGCAGCCUUUCUACCCACCAGAGCGUCUGGACCGCCUGGUACAGAGCCUGGUGAACGAAGCUCCAGGCAAACUCCAGAGACUCAUGCACGAAUGGGCCGUGCCGAUGGAAGUCGCGACAGAUGUCAUGAAGCUCUCUCUAUUCGACGUCAUCCUCUAUGUGGACGACAGUGGCUCAAUCGAGUUUGAGGAGAAGGGACUCCGUAAGGAUCAGCUGAGGCAGAUUCUCGGUCUCGUUGCGACGGCCGCGUCUACCUUCGACCAGGACGGUAUCUCGGUGCGAUUCAUGAACUCGACCGAGACCGGCGAUGGUAUCCGUAACGCCGACGAUGUCAACCACUUGGUCAGCCGGGUUCGCUUCGCAGGAUUGACACCCUUAGGCACGAAUCUGAAGAGCAAGGUGCUCGACCCGAUGGUCGUGGGCCCGGCCCGCGCCAACCGUUUGGACAAGCCUGUUCUGGUGAUCACCAUUACUGAUGGACAGCCGGCCGGCGAGCCCCACGGUGCUGUGGGCGACGCUAUUCGCUAUGCGGUUGAGGAGACUUCACGCACUCGAUACGGUCGUGGGUCGGUUUCGUUCCAGUUCUCGCAAGUAGGAACUGAUCAGCGCGCCCGCGAUUUCCUUGGAGAACUGGAUGAAGAUCCGCAGAUCGGCCAUCUGAUUGAUUGCACCUCGAAUUUUGAAGUGGAGCAGGAUGAGAUGUCUCGAGCCAAUCCGCCUAUCCACCUGACUCGUGAGCUUUGGUGUGCCAAGCUUAUGCUGGGAGCCAUCGACUCUUCGUAUGACACCAAGGAUGAGAAGACCUCACGUUCUGGACCCCCACCCUCACAACAGGGCUCCUAUGGCGGAUACAAUCAGCCGCCGUCGGGACCUGGGCCAUCUGGGCCUGGAGCUGGAGGGGCCACAGUCCACAACCCGGCUACCCCCCCUCAACACCAGCAACAGCAACAACAACCCUCAUACUCGGGUGCAAGUCGACAAGCGCCAGGAUAUGGACCGCCCCAGCAACAGUAUGGAUAUGGCGGGUCAUCGCCGCACCCUUCUGGAGGCGCACCAGGGUAUCCGCCAGCUGGCGCGUAUCCUCCGCCACCGCGUCGCUACUAG